AUGGCGAGCAACAACGAUGAUUCUUCUCCCGUGAGAUUGUCGCGGAAUCGAAAGUCGCGCGGCCGCGGCCUGCGAACGACGACUGGAUGUUCGAUUUGCCGCAAGCGACAUCUGAAAUGCGACGAAGUAAAGCCGGUCUGCGGACCAUGUAAGAAAAUCAACCGAUCGUGCUCCUAUGUACAACAAACCCAUCGCCCCUCGUCCUGCGAGUCCGUGGCGACGAAAAGCCCUCAUGAUCUCUUUGAGGCUGGCGCUGCCGAUGUCUCGCAGGGGAUAUCUGAUGCACAGCCGUUCUCAGAGUUGAACGACGGUGCGGCCUUCUCGCCUUGGACAACGCCUCACGAACAACCGCAAAAAGAGCAGCACGCUGAGACUAUGGCUGUCCCGCCGUGGAACGAAGAUAACCGUGAAAAUGCAAGCACGUUGGGAAUGCAACCACUGGAGCACCUGGCCGCUAUUGUAGCUGCUAGCCACCACCAAUCUACACAAAAUACUUCUCAUUCGAUGAGUGCUGGCUCCGUGACCUCGCCGGGACCCACGAUAAAUGCGGCGACAGUGCGGUGGUUUGAUCUCCUCGCCCACGAUGCCGUCCGAGAGAGCCCGCAGGCUGCUACAAUUCCUGGGCUUGAACACGACUGGUCAUUCCUAGACCGCACAGAACAAGCUGACUCAGCUCAAACCACCCCGUUGGAACGUGCCACUCGGAUUGUCGAUGGCCAGCGCCCGGAUGACGAUGGAACCACGCGCUCUGAUACCAGUCCUCCUGGACUCACCCCGGUUGCCAGCAAUUCCUAUGAAGAGCAGCUAUGGAAAGCCCCAAGGCAGAUACAGCUUCUCCCAAAAGAGUUCUUUUUUUUCGAGAAUUUUGUUCGCCGAGUAAGCCAAUGGAUUGACCUUUUUGACCCGACAAGUAAAUUCUCCACGUUUGUGCCACACUUAGCUAUGCGCAAUGCCGGGUUGUUGAAUGCGAUUCUGGCUCUUUCUUGUCGUCAUCUGUCUUUAAAUCCGAAUCUGGCCGGUGACGAGUUGCCCUAUCGCGAAAUAUCGCUUCAAUAUUACUAUCAAACCCUCCACUAUGUUCAGAAAGCAAUGCAGUACUCCAGCUACAAGAUCAGUCUAGAGUUACUUGCCACGACCCUCAUAAUUUCAACGUAUGAAAUGCUCAGUGACUCCCCUACAGACUGGGAACGCCACCUGGAGGGUGUAUUCCUUAUCCAAAGAUCUCAGGUAAUUCAAGGUGAAUCGGAAGGACUCAAGUGCGCAGUCUGGUGGGCCUGGCUCUGUCAGGAUUUCUGGGCUGCAUUUCGAGAGAAACGUAGGACGCUUACUUUUUGGACACCCAAGAAGUCGUAUGAAUCUCUGACUCCAUAUGAGCUUGCCUCUCGGUCUGUAUACAUUACUGCCAAAGUCAUUAAUUAUUGUUCUCAAGAGGAAUCAUCGAUUACAGGGAUUAAUAUCCAUGCUAGACUGGACCGAGCAAAUCAGCUCCGCGACAUGUUAGAUGAAUGGCGAAGCCAUUUGACAAUUGAGUUUUAUCCCCUCCCCGCCAUGACCCAUGAUUCUUCUGCGGUAUUCCGCUCUAUCUGGAUUCGUACGCCUGCCUUUGGUGUUGCUGUACAGCUGCAUUGUGCGGCCCGCAUUCUUUUAUCUGCUCACGAACCUUGUAUUGGGGGUUUUGAUGAGUAUGCCCAGCGACAAUCGACAAUUAAACAAUGCGCAGAAAUUAUAUGUGGCAUUGCAAUGACGCAGAAAGAUGAGGCAUCCAAUUUGAUGUCCUCCCAAUGUUUAUUUAUAGCGGGUAUCUUCGUUUCAGAGGCACGGGCUAGAGAGUGCGUUUUAGAAAUGCUGGAUUCGCGCCGGCAGCAAACCGGAUGGCCUGUGAAUCCCUUAGGCGACGAAUUGAAACAGCUCUGGAUGCGGUACGAAACACCAAGACCUCUAGGACAGGUGGGCAUGGGAUCGCCAUUUUAA